UGCUUCUGCCGCUGCUGCUGCUCAACAUUACAGCGUCAGGCCUACAACCAGGUUGUGGUGUGCAAAGUUGGUGUGCUGCACGGUCUCCUCCCAUUCUGCAUGACCUAAUACCAACGCUGCUAUCACAGACACACCACCAGACCUUCACCAGCCUGUGUAACCUAACACACCAACGCUGUCAUCACAAACACACUACCAGAAUCGUCGCGACGCCUUGAAAUAUGCUCUUCAUCAAACAAAUAGUGAUGAGAUCACAUAUAUUGAUGAUGGCGGUGUUAACGUGUGUGGUAGCCACAGAUUUUGAGGUGGAACACCACGCUGGACCCCCAAGCUUGCCAGAAGAGGAAUUGGAGCACCAUUUAUACGUUGGAGAACCCAGCUUGCCAGAAGAGGAACUGGAACACCAUUCAUACGUUGGGGAACCCAGCUUGCCAGAAGAGGAAUUGGAACACCAUUCGUACGUCGGGGAACCCAGCUUACCAGAAGAGGCACUGGAAUACCAUUCAUACGUUGGGGAACCCAGCUUGCCAGAAGAGGAAUUGGAACACCAUUCAUACGUUGGAGAACCCAGCUUUCCAGAAGAGGAAUUGGAACACCAUUCAUACGCUGGGGAACCCAGCUUGCCAGAAGAGGAAUUGGAACACCAUUCAUAUGUCGGGGAACCCAGCUUACCAGAAGAGGAACUGGAACACCAUUCAUACGUCGGGGAACCCAGCUUGCCAGGGGAAUAUAUCGAGGAACCUUAUUUUGGAGAGAAGCCGUACGUGGGUUUUCCCCCUGGGUCAUACAUGGAGAUACAGUGGUCAGCCAACCUGCCCUUCGACACCUUCACCUACUACGGCGCCGUUCUGAGAAUUGGCGUCCCAAUCAAGUUCCCCUUUCCCGAGAUAGUCAUCUUGGACGUGGAGGAACGAUCAGCGAGGAGCCAGGUGGAAGAGGGUGAGGGAGUGCACUCCACACACGGGGUGCGUGACCGCCUUCUGCAGAAGCUAGUCAGGUCGAGACGCAUCGCUCGCCAGGAGAGAACAACUCUGUACCGGCGUAUGGAAGAUGCCUUACAAGAUGCUGGGGUGGACGGUGCCAGCUGCCUCCUGAGAGCCAUCUGUGAGGUGGCUGAGGCCCCCUUUGACCAGGGACUCAUCGGUGACGUGAUCAACACUCUCCUCACAGCGUCGCUAGCGGGGCGACCUGACUCUCCAGAGGAGGGGACAGACUACGAGGUCUUCCUGGAGGCUGAGUUACAUGGUAAACUGGCCGGCAGAUGUGAGGAACGCUACCACCAGUGUCACACCUCACCCUUCGAUCUCAUCCCUAACGUUCACCACACCCUCAGCUAGUGGCCCUCCCAACCCUGAAGAUGUUGUCUUUGAGGGACAUGUUAUAGGUACACUUUCAGGGAUACCUUAUUAUUCAACACAUCACGUGUGACGGUUCCAGUUCCAUACCCUGGCCAGUGUAUAUAUAUUGCAUAUAUAAUAUGUAUUUAUUGUUUAUAUUUAUAUCUAUUUUAUUUACUGAAUUCAAGAUUUUGACUUCUGCAUAAGUGACGUCUAACUGCUUGACUUCUAUCACCCUCAGAGUUCGCGAUAAUAUAAUGAAGUUUUUAACAUAAAUGUAUUUUAGUUAACCACAACAAUAAUUUUCUUUGUUCUAUUCACGUUGAUGGAGGCAAUAGAUGUGUGAAUGACACUUAAAUGAUGAACUACGUCUGGCAGGAGAACGUAAACAUCAUUUAAAUAUGCAUCGUUUAUAUAGUGUUCAUACAUACUGUGUUAGUGUUCAUACAUACUGUGUUAGUGUUCAUACAUACUGUGUUAGUGUUCAUACAUACU